AUGGCCGUCAACGAGAUCUACCAAUACUCGCUGGUCAAUGCCCUCAUGUCCGGCGUCUCGGACAGCGGCAUCACCGUGUCCCAACUGCUGCAAAAGGGGAACCAGGGCCUGGGCACCUUCGUGCGCAUGGACGGCGAGCUGCUGCUGCUAGACGGCGCCGUGUACCAGCUGCAGGCCGAGGGCCGGGUGCGCGUGGCCGACGCGCACGACCAGAUCCCCUACGCGGCCGCCACGCACUUCCGCUCGCAGCAGACGGUCGCGGUCGCGCUGGAGACCAAGGACGCGGUCGACGCCGUGCUGGAGCGGUUCAACGACCACGCGAGCAACCUGUUCAUGGCGUACCGCGUCGAGGGCCUGUUUCGGCGCCUCAAGUGUCGCACCGUCAAGGGACAGGAGUACGACGGGCAGCCGCUGAGCGAGCUGGGCAAGAACCAGUUCGUGGCCGAGUAUCGCGACGUCGAGGGCACCAUCGUGGGAUUCCGCUCGCCGGCCGCGUGGCAGGGCUUCUUCGUGGCCGGCGAGCAUAUGCACUUCAUUGACAAGGACCGGAAGAUCGGGGGCCACGUGCUGGAACUCCAGGCCGACAAGGUCAACAUGGGCAUCGCCACGGUGAACAACGUCCACAUUGAACUGCCCACCUCCGACAAGUUCAACGCGGCCGUCAUGUCGACCGACGAUAUGGGAUUGAAGUCGGUGGAAGGGUAG